AUGCGCGCCGCGGAGGCUUCCCGGCCAGCGGCGCUCCCCGCGUCGACGCCCAACGCGGCGCCCAACGCGGCGUCCGCGGAUGAGGACAUUGAAAGCCGCGCGAACGACCGGCUCCGGCUCAAGUAUCGCGGCCGACGUUGCCCCCGAUGGAGGCUCCGCGGGGGCGACGCCUCGACGGGUGCCAAGGUGAAAACGCGCUCGUCCCGGACGAAGGAGCUCAUGUACGACGACGACGGCGGCGCACCCUUCGAGAGGUGCGCCAACACGAAGGACGGCAUCGCGGUGUGGAUGAGAGCCGUUCCGGGGAGCAACGCCAAGGAAGUCCUCGCCGAGGCCACCUUCGCGAAGACCCCGGCGCGCGCCUUCUGGCGCGCGGUGUGCGACGUGGAGCGAUACCAGGAGUUCGUGCCGUUCGUCAAGCGAUCGUUCGUGUGCAAGGACGCCAGGAGCGAUUCCGCGGGGGGCGGAGGAUCCGUGUGGGUUUACAACGUGGUAAAGGCGCCGGUGGUGGGCCCGAGAGACUUCGUGAUCAAGAUCGAGUCGGCACCCCGGGGUGCCGACGGGUCGAUGAAGUGCGCGUGGCACGUGCCGGACGACGGCGUCGGCCCACCCGCGCUGAGUGGGCACGUCAGGCUCCUCAAGAACAGCGGCGGGUGGGAGCUGAGAGAGGCGAGCGCGGGCGGCGGCGUGGCGGUGCGAUAUCGGGUGCUCACGGACCCGGGCACGGCGCUGCCGGGUUUCUUGGUGGACCUCGCGAACCAGAGCUCGGUGCCGGACGUCAUGCGCGCGUUCAACGCCAGGGCGACGAGCGGGGUGUACGAGCGGGAGGACGCGGCGGCGGCGGCGGCUCGAACGGGCGCGGGAUCCGGAUCGAGCCGGUUUCUCGCCGGGCUCGUCAGCGGCGGCGUCGCCAAGGAGCUCGAGGAGCUGCUCCAGUGGGGGGACUUCGGGAGGAUCACGACGUCGCUGUCGGCGCGGCUGCGAAAGAUGGCGACCGCGUUGGACGCGAGGGUUGGCGAUCGGAGGAGCGCAAACGACGCGUCAUGA